UAUUCUGUAUAUUUCCUCAGAAUAAUAACUUCAAAUAAAGUACAUGAGGCCACAAAUAUUUUCCUUUUAUGUUAAAUAGACGUACCUACGUACAUUGCUGAGUAUGUAUGGCAGAUUCAAAAGUUUGGCUCAAGCUGCGUACAGACCGGCCCAACGAAGGCCAACGAACGGGUUUCGUUGGCCUUCGUUUCUGCAAUCUGCCCUGUAUUUUGUAUGAUAUUUAUCGAAUCCAUCUUUGGCAUAACCAUUGGCGUUCGUUGUACUGUACGCAGCUUAAGUCGAAAAUAUUAAUGAUUAUUAUUCUGAGCUCUCUGUAAACUGUCAGUGUCAUCAUAUCAUAUCAUGUCAUGUCGUCAUCUGUGUUCUGUGUCAAAUAUCGUAUGGAGUGGAAAUCGAAAUUUUGUUGUAUUGUAAAAAUUUUAAAUUUUUCAGGAUUUUGGUAAUUUAAAUUAUAAAAUAGGCGCAUUUUUUCUACAUACACCAAUAUGGAGGACGAUGAUCCUGUAGUUCAAGAGAUACCAAUAUUUCUAUCUCAAGCAUUGGCUAAAAACUUGUACAUAUAUCAGUAUCCAGUCAAACCAGCCAAUAGAAACUGGAAGGAAUCAAAUAUAAUAAAUGCGUCAGUAAAACCGAAAAACAAGCUUGUCCGGUUAGAAGUGGGUCUGGACACUUACAGUGAUAAGUUUUGUGACUCUAAAGGCGAGCAAAUAGCCCUUAAUACAGAUGGAGUUCAGGAAUCUUCAAGGUACAUAAAAGACAGAGAUAAAGAAAAGUCAACAUACUUCAAGAAUGGGAUCAUGGAUAAGAUAGUGUAUGAGAGCAGCAACCCUUGCACAGACUCGGACAGAUAUGCUGUGGCCAUUCUGCAGGACAAGGAACUCCACUGUACUCCUAUUCAAGGUAUAAUUCAACUGCGGCCAUCUUAUUCUUAUUUCGACAAACAAGACAAACGGAAGAAAGACAGUGACAAGGCGGAAAACUCGGACGAGGAAGAAGAAGAGGUGGAGGCACAGCAGGUGACAGUGAAGUUCUCUCGCGCAGAGACGGACCUGGCCAAGAAGGCGCGCGAGAGCACCUUCGACUACAUCUCGAAGCGCGCGGCUGAGGAGCCGUGGCACGCCGGCAUGUGGCAUCACGAGGACACCGACCAUGCUGAUUUGGAGCGCCUAAAGCUCUUCAGCGCGAAUCUCUCCGAAGGCAGCUCUCUCUCUCUCCGUGGUCGCGAGUACGUGCGUGCGCUGGUGCCGCCGCCGCCGCCGGACGAGGCGGACGCCGCGCCCGCCGCGCCCGAGCCGCCGCCCGACCAGGCCAGGCGGCUGCUGCUUAGUGCAAAAAUCAUGACAUUCGCCGAGCUGCGCUCCCUCAUCCGCACAGAAGACGGCCCUCUCCCCGACGCCGCCCUCCUGUCCACCCUCACUGCCACCGGGUGCUGCGUGCGCGGGCUUUGGACCUGCAAGUCCAGUGAUCUGUUUACACGGGUCAGUGUGGCGCCGGCGGCGAAUAUGCAGGCCGCUAGGGACCAUGUGCUGUACCUAUUCACCCAACACAGCUACAUAGACCGGCGUAAAGUGGCGGCGGCGGUGCGCCUGCCCGCAGAGGAAGUGCUAGAAGUGAUCCGAAGCUGCGCCAAGUACAACCCGCAGAAAGCAGGCUGGGAGCUCCUCCUGCCCCCAGACACCGCCUUCGAGGCCAAAUACCCCGACGUGGUCCAACGCUACAACAUGUACUUCGAGGGACGCCAGCGGCUCUUCAACGAAAUGAUGCUCGGAGAAACUGUGCCGAAACGGCAACGCAAGAAAAGCCAACGUGACUCUGUCAGCUCAGACACUAUGAUGAGCCCCAAACCUCGCUGCAACAGCGUCAGUGAAGACGACAGUGACGGCAGGAAACGGCCAAAGAACAAGUCGGCCAGUGGCUCAGGUAAAAGGACUAGGAAUGUUAGCUCGAGCAGUGCGCAAGAUGGCGCGUGAUAAAUUUGCUCACUAGGUUAUCAAAUUGUUAGCUUAUCGGUGUAGUUAGCGUGUACUCUUGGUUGAUGUAAUGCGGUCAGUUGCAUGCCAAAGCCACGUACAUAAAAUGUUAAUCGAAUCAUGGCCUGAUCGCUUUUUUAUUCUGAGAGUUAGGCAUAUACUUGUAUAUUAAGUAAACGCGUGCGGCUUGUCUUUUGAGUUGCCCAAUAACAAAAACCGGAAUUAAUCAUAUAUAAUUAAUUUAUGAUUGCCUCAAAACAUGGCUUCAAACUACAUUAAUGUAUUAAAUUAAUGUGUCUAUAAUCAAUAUUAGUAAUAAUCACUAUAAAGCAUAACUUGAUGUCGUUCGUAGCCCUAAUAUCCUUGAUCACUAUAUAAAAAGGACGCUAUAUAAUUAGAAAGAACUUUUAUAUCUAGUGAUAUUAUGUGCCGGGAUUAAUUAUAAGUAGACGGCAUGUUUCAAGUACCAUCUUUUAAUAUAAAUAAGACACAGUCAUGUUACGCGGACAAACACAUAUUAGGUAUUAUGUUAUGAUUAAAUUUAUAAUAACAUCUAUUCUCAUAUUGGAAAAGCUCUAUAAAACUUUAGUUGGAAAUAUAUUAUUCUGUAUCUAAUAAAUGGAAAGAAGUUUGGGCUGUGAAGCACUGGUGGCAUGCAUAUUUUAAAACGAAAAAUUAGGUUGCCUUGUACAACAAGAGUUAUCAAGAUUUUAGUAUCCAAAGGAUGGAAUUGUAGGAAUGAGUGAGUAUAAUAGGACUGCUAUUGCACUUAGGAUAGGUGUAUAUUAAUUUAGGUAGGUACGCAAAUUAACUAAGUUUUACUGCGCAAAACUGUUUGUAAUUAUAAUUAAUUUAUUAGUUUUUUUUACUCCAAAGUUUCAGGAAAAAUAAGCAAUUUUCAUGCCAAUCCCUAAAGCAUUUAACCAUCAUUAUGAUGACAUGACUGUAAGUCAAGGGGUGAUAAUUAUAAUACUACUGUGGUAAACAGGGAAACACAACAUUUUGUGUCAUGUAUUUAGCAUAUGAAUUAACAAUUUGAAUCUUUGUAUUAUCUUCCAAUAUUCUGCCAAACAGAAAACUUAUUUAUAAGUUAAUAAUCAAAUGUUCCUCAGCAUAACAGUCUUGAUACUUGAUAGAUUAUUCACAAUACAGUUUGUAAACAAUUUGCAUUGUUAGGUAUCAUUAGCAGAAUAACCAGUAAACACAGAAGUGUAAAUAUUUUGAAAACAUACUCUAAAGUGUGGCAAUGAAGUAGGUACUCGUAAUUUCUGUAACUAACCAUAUUUUUGUGGUUCUUGUGUAUACUUGGUGGAUCCAUUUGUUGUUUUUUAUGUAAAAUAUAUAAAAUUUGCAACUU